AUGGAAUGCUACUGGGGGGAGGCCCUGUUGCUGUUGGGUGGUGUUGCCCUGUCCUGCCUUGCUUUGGAUCUCCUCUUCCUCCUGUUCUACUCAUUCUGGCUGUGCUGCCGCCAUCGGAAAAGUGAAGAGCACUUAAAUGCAGAUUGCUGCUGCACUGCCUGGUGUGUGAUCAUAGCCACCCUAGUGUGCAGUGCUGGCAUUGCUGUUGGCUUCUAUGGAAAUGGGGAAACCAGCGAUGGCAUCCACCGACUUACAUACUCACUAAGACAUGCUAACCGCACUGUGGCCGGUGUCCAGGACCGGGUGCUGGACACGGCAGUGGCCCUGAAUCAAACUGUGGAACCCAAUCUUCUGGUCCUAGAGGAGAUGUUCACAAAACAAACAGAUUACCUGCAUGUUGUCCAGAAACUCCAGGGCCUCUUAGAUGACCUGGUUAGGCAAACCACUGAGAUCCCAUUCUGGAAAAAUGAAGAAUUGUCAUUGGAGGACCUGGCCACUCAGGUUGAUCUGUAUGACUGGUACAGAUGGCUAGGAUACCUGGGCCUACUUCUGUUCCAUGUCCUGAUCUGUUUGUUGGUGCUCUUUGGGCUCAUUAGGAACUCCAGAGCCAUUCUUAUGGGGGUCUGCUUUCUAGGAGUGUUUGCCCUGAUUGUUAGCUGGGGAUCCUUGGGCUUGGAGCUGGCUGUUGCUGUGGGCUCCAGUGACUUCUGUGUGAAUCCAGAUGUCUAUGUCUCCAAAGUGGUAGAAGAUCAUGCAGUGCUUAGUACUGAUACCCUGCGCUAUUAUAUUGCCUGUAGUGCUGGAUACCCAAAUCCCUUCCAGCAGAAGCUGUCGGGAAGUCAUAAGGCCCUGGUGGAAAUGCAGGAUGACGUGCUGGAACUCAUGAGGUCAACCAGCAGAGAAUACCCUACCUCCAAGGAGUAUCUCAUCCGCAUCCAGGAGGUCCUAAAUGCCACAGAGAUCAAUUUGCAGCACCUGACUGCACUGGUUGAUUGUCGCAGUCUGCAUCUGGAUUAUGUCCAGGCUCUGACAGGCUUCUGCUACGAUGGAGUGGAGGGGCUCAUCUACCUGGUUCUCUUCUCCUUUGUCACUGCUCUCAUGUUCAGUUCCAUUGUGUGCAGUGUCCCGCACACGUGGCAACAGAAGAGGAGUUCGGAUGAUGACGGGGAGGAAGAGUCUGCUGCUCAAGGGAAUAGACAAACCCAUGAUAAUCUGUACAGGGUGCAUAUGCCCAGCCUCUACAGCUGUGGGAGUAGUUAUGGCAGCGAGACCAGCAUCCCAGCAGCGGCUCACACAGUCAGCAAUGCUCCUGUCACAGAGUACAUGAGCCAGAAUGCAAACUUCCAGAACCCCCGUUGUGAGAACACCCCUCUGAUUGGCCGGGAGUCCCCACCUCCCUCAUACACCUCCAGCAUGAGAGCCAAAUACCUCGCCACCAACCAACCUCGCCCAGACUCUGGCAGUGUGCAUUAAAAAUAACACACAGUAAAACUAAACAGAUGUGCCAACUGCUGUGCCCCCCACCUGUGCUGUCCUCAACCCUGCUGUCCUGCCCCAAACCCAGCGCAGAUCCUCCUCCUCCUCCUCCUCCUCUUGUUUCUCCAGUACAAAUCACCCCUCCAACCUGGUACCUGUCUAUUGGGAAUCUGAAUGGAAGCCCCUUCCAAAUUAAACUUACACCUAGCUGUACCUGGUAGGGGAAGGAAGAGAGAGAGAAUGAGCAUACACAUGCAAGCAUCUGAAAAAAAGAUCACCAGCUCAUCUAGGUUUGCUGUGUUCGGGGCCAGCCUAUCGGGAAAUGUUUGCAAACACCUCUGUUUCUGACCUUCCCCACUCUCCCUCCCCCCCCCCCCCCCC